UUGUUUUAUUUCAGAGAUCAAAUUAAUAUAUAUAGUAAAUAAUGUCAGAGAAUUCAAUUAAAAAUUGGAUGUUAGGAGUUCAUGAACAAUCAUUUAGUCCUAAUUGUAAUGUAAUUUUGUACAAGGAUUAUCCUGGGUUAGAGGUUGGUGAUGUUUUAGAGAUAUAUCAUGCUGAUGGAGAAUUCAGUCGAUUGCUAGUUGAUGUCAGUAUUGGGUCACUUGGACCACAACCAAAAGGAUCAAUUGGAAUAUCUGUAAUAAAAUCUCUUGCCACUGCAUUUGAGCUACGCCAAUAUCAAGAUGUAUGUGUAAACAAAGUAAAAAAAAGUGAUGUUACUUUAGAUAUGGUUGAAUUGAUUUUUAAAGAUCACUUUGUUACAAGAAGUGAUUGCUGGCGUUUGCACCAAUCUUUAAUUGGGUCAUGCGUUUAUUUCUGUAAUAAAGUUUCUUUUAUUACUAUGAGAGUUCAUGCUAACGAAUUCUAUAUGAAAGGGAAUCAAGUUGCAUGUGGAGUUAUUGGUGAAUCAACCAAGAUUGUAUAUCGCUCUCAAAGUGCAAUGUUUCAUAUCAUGAUACAGAUGAGUGCUGAGAUGUGGACGUUUGACUUCCAUGGUGAUCUUUAUUUUGAAAAAGCAAUUAUGGGCUUCCUUCAGGAUCUUUUUAAUAAAUGGAAAGAUAAAGAUAUGAAUUGCUACCACCAAGUGGUUAUUGUUUUAUUUUCAAGAACAUAUUUUGAUGCAAAGUCAAUUGAUGAGUUUCCAAAAGAAAAGCACAAUGAGUUUAUGUAUAGUGCAGAUGGACGGCUUUGCAAAGAUUUUUAUAAAAUUAUACUCCAAUCAGAAAAGCAAGAUAACUUAAAAAAUGUUAUAUUGGACUUAAAAAGAUCAUUUAAUGGGUACUUGCAUUAUGUAGAUUGCCAACAACAGUUAAUGCAUAGCAAAGGAGAGAAGCUUCCCAAAGGAUUAGGAUACAAUUCAUAUGCUGCAGAAGGAAAUCUGCUUGAAGCAAUAAAUUUAUCUCUUAAUGUCUUUGAAAAACAGUACAUAGACCGGAACCUUGAAGAGACCAAUUGUACAACUUUAAUUAUUUCACCCAGCACCGGGGUAUUUGAAGUUGGAGAGAAUCUAGCAAAUAUUACUGAAAAAAGGUUAAUCGAAAAUGCUGUUGGAGUUGAUAUGGUUUGCCUGGCAGAACAACCUUUGCAUUCUGUACCUCUAUUGAAAUAUAGAUCAUCUUCCAAACUUGAGACUGGUAAUAGCUACACUGUUCCACAAUGGAUAAAUUUAAGUUAUUAUUCUAGACAUUAUAAAUCAUCUGUGUUUGUACCACGAAUACAAGUUCCCCAUCGACUCUCAGAUGAUAUAGUUUUACAGAGACCAGCUUCUUGCAACCAUGUUGACCAAGAUUUUGAAUAUGAUCAAGGUGUGUUUAACUAUUCAAAAAAGCAUCACAAAAAAAUUUUAAAUUAUAACCUACAGAAAGUUUCGCCACCAACAAACUCAAAUCACCGUCAAAAUAAUUAUACCACACUGAAUGCCAUUCAAUCAUCACCUGAGAUUCUACAGAGUACAAAAAAACUUUCUUUGCAAGAAUCAGGGCCUAUACAUUUUUUGCAUAGAAGUAUCAGUGAGGAUGUAAAUCCAAAAGAAGAAAAACGUGGUUCAUUCAAUGAUAUAAAGUUUUUGACAAUUUAUACAAAGGAGAAUACAAAUGACUGCUCCCACUUCCCAUUUGAAAGUAUUUUAAUUUCAAAAAAAGGAACUAUCAAUCCAUUUAAACCUCAUCAUAUGGCUAAUGUUAUGACUUUGUUCAAAUUUCGCUGGAUGCAUGCUUUUCCAUUAAAUCUUAAAUCUUGGGAACAUUACCCUAAUGUUUUACUGAAUAUAGACAUGGAAAAAAAAGUAUCAAAUCUUGAGGUUGAAGAAGUCCUUCCUUCAAAAUCUGACAGCAGUUUUGCUAGUAGCGUUGCUAGUGAUGAUGUAAUAGAAACUGAGCAAAGAGAUAACAAUAAAAAAUUUUCUCAAGAUUCUACUAAAGGGUUAUCCAAAAGUAAUGAUCUAAAUGAGUUAAAAGCAAAAAAAAGUUUAGAUAAAUUAUCUGAUGAAUGGGCAUUUACAAAAUCAAGUGGAGUUGAUUGGAAAUCAUUGUGUAUGCCAGCAAUCCUUCCAUUAACUAUAGAUUGCUUUCCAGAUGAAAAUGACUUAAAAAAACAGUAUUCAGAAUAUCAUUAUACAUUAGUAAUAGAAGAAGAUAAUGAUCAAACUAAUAAUGACAGUGAAAAAGUUGCAAAAUUAGUAGGUCGUUUUGAUCGUAAUGCAAUGCCUCCUGAGAAAAAAUUUAUGGAAAUGAUUUCACAGAGAUUAACUCAGGGUUUUCAGUUUGUAACUAAUCGUAACAUUAUGAGAAUUCUAAAGCUUACAGAAAAUGCGUGUCAUCCCGUGAUAUUUGAUGCAAAGAAAGAGUAUAUUUUAAGUCUUGGUAGAUCUAUACACCACUUAAAGUUAACUAAUUCUCAAGUGCAAGUUACUCGAUACUUACUGCGUGAAUCAGAGCAGCUUAACCCUAUUCCUUACAAGUACAACCUUUGGCCUCCCAGUUAUAACUUUGACCAUUAUGCAUGUGAAUUAUCAGAGUUUCAAUUUAAAUCUUCUGACCGUUACAAUUGGAAUAACUUAGAUGAAUACAUAUGUGAAACUGAAAAAGAGUGUGUUGAAAAUAAAAAAAGUGGAGAACUCAGUGAGGGUAUGUUAUACUUUCGUACACGAUUUCUGCUUUUACCAGUUCGACAAGUUCCUUUGUCAACUUCAAUUCAAACUGAAAAUAUUGUUAUGCAACAAGUUGAAGGGUUUAUUCGAUUUAUUGAAACUUUGAAUAAAAUAAAACGAGGAACAUACAAUAAAGAUUUGUUUUAUUGUCGUCAUCAAAAUCUUGCUACAACACCUGUCAGGAAGGUUUCUUAUGAUCAUACUAAAGAAGUAAAACAAUUUAUAACUCCUACAUCUAUUGAUAGAAAAGAUAGACUAAGAGAAUCUCCUAGUAUCAUAGAUCUACAAGAGAAUCAUUUCAAAGAUGAUUUAAACUUUAACUCCUCUGCCUCUCCUGCAAUAUCUCAUGGAGAUUCAGAUAAUUGCUUAUCAGUAAAUUCACCUCUGAUAGAUAUUAAAAAAGCAAUGUUAAAUCAAAGUUCUGGAUUAUACUUUCUUUCAACUAAAGACCAAUAUCUUCGCAAUAAUACUUUUAUAUCAGCAGAAGCUGUAGCGUGGAUGAUAAAAUCUGUGGCAGGAUGUAAUUCACAAAAGCAAGCUGUUGCUCUCGGACAACAAUUAUUAGUAGCCAAUCACAUUCGCCAUGCUUCUGGGAGUGCUACACAAAAUUUUGUUGAUGGUUUUUUUCUUUUUUUUAUUAUUGAUGACAAAAAAGAAGGUGAAGCAGAAAAUAAGUUUUGGUUUGGUGGUGUACAUAGAACAGAUGAAGAACUCCUGAUGUCAUACAGUUUUAAAUGGUUAGAAGUAUCCGUGACUACAGAUCAGUAUGAUCUUUAUUCUGCUCCUUUCUUGAAGAAAGAUUUUAACUCAAUGGAACAGUUAAAAAAGUCAACUAGUCUAUAUAAAACAAUGGAGUAUAACUUAGAUAGUAAUGAACGGUCUGAAUGGUGUACAAUUGACUAUCAUGGAGAAUAUCAUCCGUAUAAUAGAGCAUAUGCAAUAGAACUUAAUUGGAUGGUUGCUACUGGCUGCAUUAUUGCCGAAUUGGUACAAAAGUUAUCUCAUAAAGCCACUAGUUGUGGUGUGCAUAUUGUUCCAGCUCCGAUGUGUGCUUUUCCUUCUAAAGCGAUGAAAGAUAAACGUAAUCCUUUUCGAAGAUCAGCCUUUAUUAGACUAAAUGUAGAUUGUUUACUAAAGGAGGGUCAGAAAGAGCUUUUUGAAGAAUAUCCUCUUGAAUCAAGAUCAAAGAGGAUGUUGAUGUUUCAACAGGCGAUUCUGAGAAGGUUUGACUUUUUGCGUGAUCUACCAAAAUCUGAUUUAACAGAUAUGAAGCAUGCUUAUCAAUAUAUUCAUUCUUCUGGAAGUGUUCUUAUAAAAAUAAAUGAUUUCAUGAUGACACCAGAUGUCAAAAUCAUCGUUUCAACACCUAAUUCAAGUUCAGAUGCCACCUCUGGUAUUUCAACUUCUAAUACAAAAUCACCAUAUGGAAAAAAAAGAAAAAGUAAAGAUGAUAUGUUCGUAAAAAUUGACCACAAAUUUGAUGAAACUGAAUCCGAGCGUAAAGAAUACGGGUAUUUUUGGGUAUACAAUUAUGCUCUUUCUAAAAAAUGGCGCUCAUCAUAUACAGGAGACGUUGCUUCAUCUUUGAAGUUUGCUGCAGAGGUUUCCGAUUUCUGCUUUAAUAAAGACGAUCAGUUGCUUGAAUUUUGGAAUACAAUGGUUAAAACAUUUAACGAAGACACUAUAAAGCCAGAGCAUUACAACUGCAAAUGUCAUCCUAAUACCUUUGCAAAUUGAACUAACUUAUCCAGCCAAUUGAAAAUCAGUUUAAUAUAACUUUUCUACUUCGUUGUUUAAUAGACAAUACUUUUUUUAAUAUGCUGCAAAAAUUUAUAUGCGGAUUUUUUUGUAAAAAAAUUUUAAAUUUUAAAUUUAUCUUAUAAAUUUAAAACACCAUUAUCACACAACUUAGUUUCCCAAAAAUAAGGAAAAAAAUAUAGGCUGGGUGAAUAAAAAAAAAGUAAUUGCUUUAACUCAGCGUUUUUGGAUUAAUUGCUUAGCUUUACGUGAAUAAAAAUUUUAGCAAACUCGGUCAAAUUUUUAUUGACAUUAAGCUAAGCAAUUUACUCAAAAAAACUCCGAGUAAUUGUUCAGCUUUACGUGAAUAAAAGUUUAACUAAAACUUUUGAAGUUUUUAUUCACGUAAAGCGGACCAAUUACUAAGUAAAAGCAAUUUCUUUUUCUUAUUCACCCGGCGAUAUGACUGAAAAUACUGUGAUAUUUUGACGGAAAGAAAUUGUAAAUCAUUUUAUUUUGUAGUCUAAUGUUUAUAAUAAUAAUUUACAAAAUUAUAGUAAGAUUAUAUAUGAA